AUGUAUAACGUGUGGCAGUAUAUUGGCAUCAGCAGGUUGAAGGCAGAGGAGCUGCUGCUGCUGCCACACAACCACACAGGGGCUUUCCUGAUCCGACAGAGUCAGACAAACACAGAAACCUACUCGCUCUCAAUCCUUGUGACAAUGGACUCAUAUCUGGCCACAGUGAAACACUACCGCAUCUGUAGCCUCCAAAAUGGCUGGUUCUACAUCUCCCCUAGCCUCACCUUCUACUCCCUGGGCCAAUUGGUGGAACACUACUCUGAGUCAGCAGAUGGGUUGUGCUGUUUACUGAGGGAGCCUUGCAUCAUCCAAGGCUCAAACAAUACUACCAUGACCACCAGACCCUAUCCCAAAGCUAUAAGGAGGCCCACACUCAACUGGAAUGAUGUAGACAGUUCAAUGAUCUUCAGUAAGGCCAGCGUGGAUUCAGAGGACUCUCUAGUGAGUGAGGGGCUGAGGGAGGCCAUCAGCUCAUACCUCUACAUGACAGAGGUCAGCUGCCAGAACUGUGGCAAACACUGGGAUUCAUGAGGAAAGGGAGGACUGUGAGAGUAAAAGAGACAGACAUAAUACUGUCUGGUCUGCUGCUGCCCAGGACUAAUGGUACUAGGCCAGAAAGGGUGCUCUACAUAAAGGCAUUGUGGAAGUUGAUAGAAGUAAGCCUACCAUUUACAACCACAAUGAAAAAAAUUUAAACUACAAGCACGAUCAAUGUCUUGAUGGUAGAAUGUGUGUUAGGGUUCAGGUUGCCACAGGGAGCCUUGUUACGUGGCACUUCUCAAGUCUUCUAAUGCUGUAGCUGUGCUUGUGCUCAAGAACACAUUUCAGAGGCUGGACACAAAAGGUAUUAUUUGUACUGUCUUUGGUAUUAUGAUGUGAGGAGCACUUCCUUUGAGCUCAUGGAAGGUUCCAUUCUGCUUCUCCACACAGAAACGACCAUGCAUUGGUCAAUUUUUUUUUUUUUCAAAGGAAGAUCACUGAAUGACAAGAAUGUUGUAAUUGGACUAAAUGUAUAACCGAUUGUUCGUUUCAUAUGCAAUCUGUUAGUCCGCAAUCCGUUUGUACAUUAAUGAAAUACCAUGUCUGAAUUAACUUGAAACUAACUCCAACUUUUUACCAGCAUUUGGCUGGUGGCUGCAUGGUGCUGCAUGCUC